AUGGUUAACGUGGCUGUUAUUUCAGGGGGCACGGCGACGAACACAAUCUUAGAUGUGUUCCAAGAUCUAUCAGGGUCUGAGGGCCAGACUGCUUCGGUCUCGCAUAUUCUGCCCGUCUCAGACAACGGUGGUUCUACAUCUGAGAUUAUUCGAGUGUUAGGUGGUUGCUCUGUUGGAGACCUCAGGUCAAGAAUUGUGAGACUUAUUCCUAAUGAAAGUCAAGGAAUCCGUAAUUUGCUUUCCCACAGGCUUCCCAGCAAAGCCACAGAUGCCAAAUUAGAAUGGGGUUCAAUAGUUGAAGGCUCACACGAGCUGUGGUCUGACGUGGAUCCCGCAUGUAAGGAGAUCAUCAGGAGUUUUCUGAUCCACGUUCACAUGGAAAUUCUGAAACGGUCACGGAAUAGUACAAAGAAUUUCAGACUUGAGCUUGCCAGCAUUGGGAAUCUGUUUCUCACCGGCGCAAGACUUUUUUGUGGAUCUUUGGAUUCUGCAGUGGAGCUAAUUUUACGCGUUGCCAGAGUCUCAUCGAGACUCCACGUUAUUCCCUGUCUCAACACGAAUUUCACGUUCCACAUCAGUGCACUAUUGAAAGAUGGUACAAUAAUUACAGGUCAGUCACAGAUCUCACACCCUUCAAAGUUAAAGGUUAACAAAGACAGCAAUCAACCAGGAUUCUCUCUUCCUAUAGUGAGAUCCGACUCUCUAAUACACCCGCCACCUAUCAUUCCCUCAGGACAAGCUUCCCCUUCUCACACGUAUUCAUCACUUUUGGAAAAUGUACACUUUACCGCUCCUGCUGAUAAACUAGGUAGCCAAGCAAUCUUGUACGGAGUUUCCAGCCAAGCCAAACAUAAUCAAGCCUUAGAUUCCGAUACCGAAGAUGAAACCGAGUUUGCAGUGCCGAGUUACAUUCAUCCAGACCUCAGGAAGUCUCAAUUGCAUGUGGAUAAAGACGACACGGCACCGCUGCCAGCACCGAUAGAAAGAAUAUUUUAUAUCUCUCCAUAUGGUGAAGAAAUAUAUCCUGUGGCUCAAUCGCGUGUUCUUCAAUGCCUAUCGAAUUGCGAUGUGAUUGUGUAUUCCAUUGGAUCUUUAAUGACCUCUAUAAUUCCCGUUCUUAUUCUACAAGGAGUUGGAGAAGCUAUACUCGAGAACAGUAAUAAGAAAAAAAUAUUGCUUCUCAACGGGACAUUGGAUCGUGAAACACAGUCAUUAGAUGCCCUAGGUUUCAUUAAAGCUGUACACAAGGCUUUGGUAUAUUCAAUGAAGACAAGCUGCGAGAGACGAAAUGUGACAUCUCAAUCAACACUUUCCUACGCCUCUUUCGUUACACACUUAGUUCACCUCGCACCCUCCAAUGAAAUCAAGGUGGAUACUAAAGAAAUAAGGGAAUUGGGCAUUGAUUGCAUUGGAGUCACUCCACAUAAAGAUAAUGAUACUAGUUAUGAUUUGGAGGAUUUGCACGCAAAAUUACAAAGAAUAGUUAACGAAUAG